UGCUCAUUUCUUUCUUGCCAGUCAGCGAGGAGAAGUGCUACAGAAACCCUGCCGAAAACCUUCUCUUUAUAGUUUUACCAACGUUGGCGUUUCCGUUUAAUUUGAAGAUGAUGCCGAAGUCUGCCGGUGCACGAGCUAAAAGCCCACCUCCUGGGAGAGCCAAAAAAACAACUCCUCAGAGAGCAACAAGCCCAAAUGCGUCCACCCGAAGAGUAAAAGACACUGCUCCAUCAAAUGGUACCCCGCGCAGACCGUCUGCAAGUCUCGAUACAAAAAGCCAUCCGUGCGCAAAAAAGACGCCUGCUAAGCCUACCCAUCAUAAAGCUCCGAAAACUACACCGCACAAAAGACCAGAAGGCCCAGAAAAGAGGGGCAGCCAAGCAGCAGCAACCGACAGCCCGAGUCCGAGUGGGUCCGUGAAGAAGGGCGGUGUCAGAUGUAAAAAGAUCUCAAGUUCUGGAAACAAAGUUCUACUGGGAGUCUUGGAAAGCUUGAAGAUUAGGAAGCAAGCGCGGUCUGAGGCGACAGAUAAAGUCAAUGAUGUGGUUGACUGCAUUCUUAAACACGUGAAAACAUCCAGCAAAUACUUCCAAGACAUCGCAAAACUUCCUACUGGUAGUUACUAUGAGAAUGUAAAGAUUUCUGAACCAGAUGAAUUUGACAUUAUGCUGACUGUACCUGUCCACAGAGUGCAAUUGGAACAAUUUGAUUCCAAUGGGGCGUUCUACAGUGUGUCAUUUAAAAGAAAUCCCAAAACUCCUCUGGUGGACUUUGUAUUGAAGGAUGGGACGCUGUCUGCACACAACAUGCUCGUCGAAUUCAGGAAGCAUGUAAUAGAAGCAACAACAUUAAUGAAAGAUGUACAGGUUGAGAGGAAGAAAAAGGGGUGCCCUGCUGUUACCUUACAGGUCAAAGAGAUCUCAGUGGAUAUUGUGCUGGGGCUGGAAGUCCAUUCAAUGAGCUGGCCAGCAAUGACGAAAGACGGCUUCAACAUUGUUGACUGGCUGGGGACCAAAGUGAAAAAGGACUUUAAGUUAAAACCUUUUUACCUCGUGCCAAAAUAUGUUGGCAAAGGAUGGGAUGAAAAGGAAGGAGUCCACGCAAGGGAUGCAUGGCGUAUUUCAUUCUCCCACAUUGAGAAGGGGAUUCUGAAGAAUCAUGGCUUCGCAAAGACCUGCUGUGAAUCCGGGGGUUCAAAGUGUUGCAGGAAACAAUGUCUCAAACUUCUGAAGCACUUACUAAAUGAGCUGAAACAGAAGCACCCCAAGGAACUGUCCAAGUUCUUCUCCUAUCAAGCAAAGACAGUUUUGCUGCACGGCUGUGUGAAGAGACCGAACGACAGCCAGUGGGAGUUGGCGAAUCUUGACGACUGUUUUCAACAGCUCUUGGAUGAUUUCAUUAGGCACCUGGAAACAGGGAGCCUUCCUCAUUUUUUUGUACCCACUUACAAUCUUUUAGAGUCCUGCUCUGAUUCAAAAAAGCAAGAGUUCCUAAUAGAUUGUAUUAAUUCUGAAAGGAACAACAUGUUUCCAAUCUUUAAGUAAGUAUGACCAGAAUAUGUUAAGUCUGGUUCUGAUUUCAAAGAAUAAAAACAAAAAAUUAAAAAUGGCAACAUUUAAAGUUUGUUGGAAAGUAAAGUUACUGUUUAAAAUGGGUAGUUUAAUGAUUCAUUAGUUUAUAUUAUUUACAAACUAUAGAAAACAUUUCAGUUAUAUUUUUUUAUAUUAAUGUUAUAAAUGUAUCUUCAUUUGCAUGUAACUUUUUGACAAAAAUAAUUAGAAAUGUGUUUUUUUGUUAAACAUCAAAGUACAGAUGCUUUGGCAUUUAUUAUGUUAAGGAGUAAUU